UUGGGGGCCAAAAUUCAAUACCAGAUACUUUGGAGGCGACUAGACAUAAUUUCUUGACAAAUUUCAAUUAGUCGAACUCCAACAUUUGUCCGUGGAAAACUAAAAAAAAAAUUCCGAAAACGAUGGGGACUUAUACGUCAAAUAUGAAGCCUUAUGAACCGAAAUGUACACACAUAAGACCUUAAUCAUAAACCCCAAAACCCAACUGAUUAAAACAUUUGAAGAUUUUGUUGAGGAAAAACCAAGAAGAAGAGUGUUGGAGAGUCGAAAGAAAGAGCAAAAAGAUGAAAAAUAUAGCCUUAUUUUUGAUGGGUUGUGGAGGAGUUGGUCGUCAAUUUCUCCAACAGAUUGUUUCUUGUCGAUCUCUUCAUGCCAAACAGGGGGUGCAUCUGCGAGUUGUGGGUGUUUGUGAUAGCAAAUCUUUGGUGGUCGCACCGGAUGUUCUCACCGCAGAAUUGGAUGAUUCAUUUCUUCUUGAAAUUUGUCGGGUCAAAUUCAAUGGCUCUUCUUUGCAGACGCUUAAGGAUUUAGGUGUAUGCCAAGUGUUUUCCGGUCCAGAAGUUACACAGAAAGUCAUCGAUAUUGGACAUCUUGGCAAAUCAGCAGGUUUAGCUUUUGUUGAUUGUUCAGCUAGUGCUGAGACUAUUGGAGUGCUAAAUCAGGUUGUGAAUUUUGGUUGUUGUGUGGUGCUGGCUAACAAGAAACCUCUUACUGUGCCAAUGGAGGAUUAUGAUAAGUUGGUCUCACAGCCUCGUCGCCUUAGACAUGAGUCAACUGUUGGUGCUGGUCUUCCUGUCAUAGCAUCCUUAAAUCGCAUAAUUUCAUCAGGAGAUCCCAUCUACCGUAUUAUUGGGAGUUUGAGUGGUACCCUGGGGUAUGUAAUGAGCGAGGUUGAGGAUGGAAAGCCAUUCAGCCAAGUCGUUACUGCUGCCAAAAGCCUUGGCUACACUGAACCAGAUCCUCGGGAUGAUCUAGGCGGUAUGGAUGUAGCAAGAAAGGCUCUAAUUCUUGCUCGCCUCCUUGGACGACGUUUAAACCUAGAUGAUAUGAAGAUUGAAAGCUUGUAUCCUGAAGAAAUGGGGCCUGAUGUGAUGCCACUGGAAGACUUUCUAGUGAAUGGCCUUCCCUUACUUGAUAAGAAAAUUGAAGAUAGGAUUAAACAAGCUUCUGCAAAUGGGAAUGUUCUGCGUUAUGUUUGCUUGAUUGAUGAUGUGAGGUGUGAAGUUGGCAUCCAAGAAGUUCCAAAAGAUUCUGCAUUGGGAAGAUUACGCGGAAGUGAUAACGUGGUGGAGAUAUACACCCGUUGUUACGAGAAACGACCUUUGGUUAUCCAAGGUGCUGGAGCAGGAAAUGAUACCACUGCAGCUGGUGUCCUAGCUGAUAUCCUUGACAUUCAAGAUUUAUUCCCAUAAACCAAGUGUUAUACACUGCGAUUCAAACAUCCAAUACUCAAAGGACGAAAGAAGUUUUGUCCAUCGGCUAGCACAUGGAAUUUUGAAAAAUUUCUCUAUACGCGGGAGUUGCCAGUUUACAGUAAAUUGCUGCAUAACGACUGGAAUGGAAAGUGUAAAUUGAGCCAUAUAUUUGCCUCAGUGCUAGACCAUUUUGGUACCUGAACUUUUGAUGUAUGAAAUGUUUUAUGAUCAUGCUCAUAAUCUCCAUUUUCCAGAUAUAUACUUUUAGAAAAUAUUUAUC